AUGUCUGCGUCCGCCUUCACCACCGUGCCUCUGGCACCUGCCGACCCUCUUUUCAGUCUCAUCGCCGCAUACAAGGCUGACACCUUCAACAAGAAGGUCGAUUUGGGUGUUGGAGCGUACCGCGAUGACCAUGCAAAGCCGUGGGUUCUUCCCGUUGUCAAGAAGGCCAAUGCAAUUCUCUACAACGACCCAGACCUCAAUCACGAAUACCUUCCUAUUGCCGGACUUGCCACUUUCACAGCUGCUGCUGCGCGAUUAAUACUCGGAGCCGACAGUCCCGCAUUGGCAGAGAAGCGGGUCACUUCCGUCCAGACCAUCUCCGGCACCGGAGCGUUGCAUACCGGCGGCCGCUUCCUCGCCAAGUUUUACGCGCGGCCCCAGAACCAAGCCGUCUACCUCUCGAAUCCUACAUGGGCGAACCACAAGCAAAUCCUCGAGAACCUUUCCCUCCCCGUUGCGCAGUACCCGUAUUACCUCCCGACCACCCGCGGCCUCGACUUCGCUGGACUCACAGGCGCGCUCAACAGCGCCCCCUCGGGCAGCAUCAUCCUGCUGCACGCAUGCGCGCACAACCCCACCGGAGUCGACCCCACGCGCGAGCAGUGGACCGAGAUCGCCGCCAUCAUGAAGGAGAAGAAGCUCUUCCCGUGGUUCGACUGCGCGUACCAAGGGUUCGCCUCGGGCAAUCUCGACAACGACUCGUGGGCUGUGCGCUACUUCGUCGAGCAGGGCUUCGAGAUGUGCAUUGCGCAGUCGUUCUCCAAGAACCUGGGCCUCUACGGCGAGCGCGCAGGUGUCUUCCACUUCGUCUCGCCGCCGUCGAGCGAUGCCAUCGAGGUCACGAAGAAGGUCGCCAGUCAGCUGGCUAUCGUCCAGCGCAGCGAGAUCUCAAAUCCGCCUGCGUAUGGUGCCCGAAUCGCCGAUGCCGUGCUGAACGAUCCCGAGCUGUUCAAGGAGUGGACGGAAAACUUGCAGACUAUGGCCGGAAGGAUCAUCGAUAUGCGCGCUGCCCUGGUAUCGAAGUUGAAGGAGCUGGGAACGCCUGGCGAUUGGAGUCACGUUACGAAGCAGAUUGGAAUGUUCAGUUUCACGGGACUCACCGAGAAGCACGUGGCGGUCCUGAGAGAAGAGUUCCAUAUCUACAUGACCAAGAACGGGCGGAUAUCUAUGGCCGGCCUCAACUCCCACAACAUCGACUACGUUGCCGCCGCUGUCGACAAGGUCGUCAAGCAGUACCCGGAGUAG